GCAGAACAUCCAGUCAUGGAUAAAAAUGAGCUGGUGCAGAAGGCCAAACUGGCUGAGCAGGCUGAGCGAUAUGAUGACAUGGCAGCCUGCAUGAAGUCUGUAACUGAGCAAGGAGGUGAAUUAUCUAAUGAGGAAAGGAAUCUUCUCUCAGUUGCUUACAAAAAUGUUGUAGGAGCCCGUAGGUCAUCUUGGAGAGUCGUUUCAAGUAUUGAGCAAAAAACGGAAGGUGCUGAGAAAAAACAGCAGAUGGCCCGAGAAUACAGAGAGAAAAUUGAGACCGAGCUAAGAGAUAUCUGCAAUGAUGUACUGUCUCUUUUGGAAAAGUUCUUGAUUCCUAAUGCUUCACAAGCAGAGAGCAAAGUCUUCUAUUUGAAAAUGAAGGGAGACUACUACCGCUACUUGGCUGAAGUUGCUGCUGGUGAUGACAAGAAAGGGAUUGUGGAUCAGUCACAACAGGCAUACCAAGAAGCUUUUGAAAUCAGCAAAAAGGAAAUGCAACCAACGCAUCCUAUCAGAUUGGGUCUGGCCCUUAACUUCUCGGUGUUCUAUUAUGAGAUUCUGAACUCCCCAGAGAAAGCUUGCUCUCUUGCAAAGACAGCUUUUGAUGAAGCCAUUGCUGAACUUGAUACAUUAAGUGAAGAGUCGUACAAAGAUAGCACGCUAAUUAUGCAGUUACUGAGAGACAACUUGACAUUGUGGACAUCGGAUACCCAAGGAGACGAAGCGGAAGCAGGAGAAGGAGGGGAAAAUUAACCAGCCUUCCAACUUUUGUCUGCCUCAUUCUAAAAUUUACACAGUAGACCAUUUGUCAUCCAUGCUGUCCCACAAAUAGUUUUUUGUUUACGAUUUAUGACGUUUAUGUUACUUCUAUUUGAAUUUCUAUAUUUCCCAUGUGGUUUUUAUGUUUAAUAUUAGGGGAGUAGAGCCAGUUAACAUUUAGGGAGUUAUCUGUUUUCAUCUUGAGGUGGCCAAUAUGGGGAUGUGGAAUUUUUAUACAAGUUAUAAAUGUUUGGCAUAUACUUUGGUACAUGGUGACUUCACAGUGCUAAAACUGCUUCCAUGUAAAGUGAAGACAUCUUCCUAUAUAUUGGUUUGUACUGGUGGGGAAUAAAAGGGAAAAUUGGUUCCAGUCACAGGCGUAGUUAUUGUGGGUACUUUAAAGGUUUGGAGCACUUGCAAAGCUGUGGUACAAACAUAUUCCAUGGAUAUUACAUGUUGGAAUCAUGUAUUUCUGUGGAAGAGUCUAUCUCCGUGUGCACACCCUUGACUACAGCACCAGAAGUGUUCUUUGAAACAAAAGUUGUGACCCAGUUAACUCCGGAUAAGGGCAGAAACGGUUCACAUUCCAUUAUUUGUAAAGUUACCUGCUGUUUGCUCUCAUUAUUUUUGCUACACAUUUUAUUUGUAUUUAAAUGUUUUAGGCAACCUAAGAACAAAUGUAAAAGUAAAGAUGCAGUAAAAAUGAACUGCUUGGUAUUCAUUAUUCAUGUAUAUCAAGCACAGCAGUAAACAAAAAAACCCCAUGUAUUUAACUUUUUUUUAGAUUUUUUUUUUUUUUGCUUUUGUGAUUUUUUUUUUUCUUUUUUGAUACUUGCCUAACAUGCAUGUGCUGUAAAAAUAGUUAACAGGGAAAUAACUUGAGAUGAUGGCUAGCUUUGUUUAAUGUUUUAGGAAAUUUUCAUGAACAAUCCAAGCAUAAUUGUUAAGAACACAUGUAUUAAGUUCAUGUAAGUGGAAUAAAAGUUUUAUGAAUGGACUUUUCAACUA